AUGAUUGAACAUCAAAACCAUGCAAGCACACUUUCAUCAUUAAGAAACAAUUUCAAGUAUUCAUUUGUAGUACAAUGGAUUUACCUUUUGAAACAUGUUAUCAAGUUAGCUGACGCGUUUGAUGUUGAGAACUUUGAAGAAGAAUUAUUAGGCAUUGCACCUCCUACCUUUCUCAACAGUUUAAAAUCAAAGUUAAUUUUAUUCUUGAAAAACCAGAAGAUUGUAAGUAUCGAUAUGGAAUUCGAUUUUUUUGUUGAUCAAAUCUACAAGGAUUAUAAUUUACUGGAACUAAACGGUCUAGAGCCUGAGAAUGCGGGGGGACACGAUGAUAACGGUAAUGAGAACAAAGAUGGUGCCAACUAUCUUAAUGAUAAUGAUGGUGAUGAUGAUGAUGAUGAUGAUGAUGAUGAUGACUCUCCCGUUAUAACAUACUCUAAAUUGCCACUAUCGGAAAAGAUAGAUGUUCUAUAUAAUCUCAUAAAACUGGCAAAUACCAAAUCUUAUUCGAAUUUCCGUAAGACUGUUGACAAAUUUGAAAAACCUCAAUUUGAUUUAAAGAUUACUCCGAUUUAUGAAACUGUCAAAGGUAACACAAAGGAAGAAUAUAUCAUCUUACAAGAUGCUAGAGUUUAUCGCAGAAAAUGGGAAUUUUCAAAACUUGAGAUUCCAGUAGAAAAAUCGGAAUAUAAUGAGAAAGUUAAAAAUCCAUAUACAGAUUUGGCCAAACUAAGUCCUAAGUUGGUGGAAUGGACUUGUCUCACAACCGGCAUUUAUCAAUAUGAUAACUAUAUAAAAGAUUUGAGAAAGUCAUUUGGCAAGAAAACAUCUUCGGAUGAGUAUGCUUUGAGUCAAGCUCUAGAAGCAAAUAUUGAUUUUAUCAUUCAACAUGAUUUAAAGAAGAGGAAACAAAGUGCACAAAGAAAGCGUGAAAUUGAAAUGCAAAUGUUGAUGGCCAACAGAAAAAGAUCUUCUAGACUAGAAGAAAAAGAAAGACGUAAAAAAGAAGAAGAAGCCGUUAGAAUGAAAGAAUUGGAGGUUUUGAAGCAACAAGCUGCUGAAAUGAGAGCUGCUAAAAGACAAAAGUUAAAAGAGUCCAUGUAUAGCACAAAUAAUGAUGGCGAAAUAAACACCGCUCUAAGCAGAGAGGAAAGGUUGAGAAAAAGGCACGAAACUACACCUUUAGAUAAUAGCGAACAAGAUGGUGCUGAAAAUCAUAGGGAUAAUGGAGAAAUUAAUACGGAAAGUAAUGCAGAUAGUUCUUUGGUUGAGAUCCAGGAUCCCAAUGUACAAGAGUCUCCCCAACAGAAUGAAAGCAUAAAAGAUACUUCUUCUUCAGAAACUCCUGCUUUAGCGGAUAACCCCACUCAAAUCACUCAAUUAAUUCCCCAGUCUACCAAUUCAAUAGGUAGUAUUCAAAAUGAUAAAGUCUUAGGUGGUGCUGACACAGAAACAAAGCGAACUAAUAAUGAUUACACCCUAUCUCCAAGGUCCACAUGA